AUGUACAGACCGAAGUGGCUCGCUUCUGUUGGGUUUGAGAUUCAUUUGCAACUUGUGACCAGGAAAAAGCUUUUUAGUGGUGCGAGACGUGGUGUGUUUGAAGCUCCAAAUACAUCCAUAGCACCCUUUGAUGUCUCGCUUCCUGGAUCUAUGCCGAUACUAAAUCUUGAAGCUUUAAAUCUUGCUAUUCGAGGCGUCUUGGCACUUAAUUGUAAGGUUGCACCAGUUUGCCAAUUUGACAGGAAGCAUUACUUUUACCCGGAUCUACCGGCUGGUUAUCAAAUUACUCAACAAGAAGUUCCGUUAGAUACCGCGAAAUCUAUCCAUACGGAUAAUGUUUCCAAAGUAUUGUUAGAUUUCAACCGCGCAGGGUCACCAUUGCUUGAAGUGGUUACGGCCCCUUGUAUACAUGAUGAAGUUACUGCUGGCUCAUUUUUACGAAAAGUUCAAUCAAUCAUGCGCCAUGCUCGCGUAUCUGAUGCCAAAAUGGAAACCGGUGGAAUGCGGUGCGACGUGAAUGUCUCUAUUGCACCAAUUAUUUCGCCUUCCAGUGAAUCCUUAAAGUCUGCAAAGGUUGGCUUAGAACUUCCAAGAACAGAAUUAAAAAACUUAUCAUCUGUUCGGAAUGUCAUGAAUGCAAUACGGUUUGAAGUACAGCGUCAAAUUUCUCUCGCUGAAAAGAAUGAAACUUGGACUACAGAGACUAGAGGAUUUGAUGAUAAAAAUGGUAAAACAUUUUCGUUACGAGAAAAAAGUAUGUCAGAGGAUUAUCUCUACAUGCCAGAAACGGAUGUUCCCCCUGUUACGAUAUCCAAGAAUUAUGUAAAACAAAUAAGCGAUGAAAUGGGACUCCUUCCUGAUAAUCUUUUUACAAUGCUCACGUCUGAACCGUACUUUAUGUCCAUACGAGACGCACGUAUUUUGUUAAAUCUUCCUUAUGGAUAUGAUUACUAUAGUACCGUUAGAGAUAUUAUCAGUCAUCAAGAUGGGUUUUCUAAAGAAGUCGUUGACGAAUCCUUACGUGCUUUACCAACAUGGAUUAUCACUGAUCUCUUAGGAAAGCUUCAUGAACAGGAAAUAGAGGAAGACCUUUUUUACGUCCCUCCUAAUCAAUUAGCCGAUAUUGUUUGCUUCUGCUCUGCCAGGAAGAUUUCUCGUCUGACCGCGAAGGCACUCAUCAACCAUUUGGUAGUGACGCCUUCUGAACAAUCCAUUGCUAACCUCAUCAAGGAACUUAAGCUUAAUUUCAUUCAAGAUUCUAGCACUUUAGAUGCACAGGUCGGGAAAAUUUUGGAAGCAUCUCCCAAGCAAGUUCAAGAAUUCUUGAACGGAAAGCAAUCUUUGCUUAAGUAUUUUAUCGGGCAAGUAAUGCGACAAUUACGAGGUCGCGGUGACCCUAUCGAAAUAGAAAAAUUGCUCAAACAGCGUCUGGGAGAAACUAUUAAGAAGUAA